CGUGCGCGCCCACCAAUGGCAGCGCGAGGUGGGGGCGCGCCAGCCAAUAGGAGCGAGGGGGCGUGUCCCCACAGCGGGAAGCGGGCAGCGGGAGCGGCGGGAAUUCCCGGACGAUGCCCCCCGGCCGCUGAAGUUGGGGACAGCGACAGGGACGGACGGCGCAGGGGACAGAUGGCGACAGCGGGCAAAGGCAGCAAGGCGAAGGGGACAGGAGUGCGCUUCGCCCCCGAGGGGACCCAGGGCCACCCCCAGGAGGGGACACAGGGCCACCACCCCCAGGAGGGGACCCACGGCCACGUCCACUUCCAGGAGCAGCUGCACGACUCAGCCGUGAUGGUGACACAGGACAAGGACGGCCACUUCCUGGUCAAGGUGGGAUUCCUGAAGAUCCUCCACAAGUAUGAGAUCACCUUCCUGCUGCCCCCCGUGCCCAGGCUGGGGAAGGACAUUUGUCCCCUCCCUGUCCCCAACCCCAACCUGCGCGUCAUCAGCGUCACCUCCCUGCCAGAAGGGCACAGCGUGCGCUGCGAGUACACAGCGCACAAGGAGGGCGUGCUGAAGGAGGAGCUGCUCCUGGCCAGCCACAGCCCCGGCCACAUCAAGGUCACCGUGCAGGCCCGGGUCAUGGACCGUCACCACGGGACGCCGAUGCUCCUGGACGGGGUGCGCUGCGUGGGCGCCGAGCUGGAAUACGACUCCGAGCACAGCGACUGGCACGGCUUCGACUGACCCCAAAACCCCCCACCCCGGGGGUCCCCAAAGUCCCCAAAGCACAGGACGGUCCCCAAAGCGGGCGGGGGGACCCCGCUUGUCGCUGCUGCCGCUGCUUCGCCCUCACCCCGCAGCCCCAGGGUGGGGUUUUGGGGGAAUUGUGCCUCUUGGGGUGGGAGUUUUUCCUGUUGUCUGGGGUGGGGGAGGAAUUUUGCCUGUGGAAUGUGGGGUGGGAGCAGGGAGUCCCCCCCGUGGCUCUGGGGUUGGGGCCACGUCCUCCAGCUGUGUCCUUGUGUUGCUGCCAGCGCCUCUUUUU